AUGAUCUACACUCAUUCUUCAACUUUGACGGCAUUGAUAGCGGUACUGUUGGUCAUAAAUCUUCUGAAUUUGGUUUCCGUUUGGAGAUUGGAAAACAAGUUCGAAGCCGACGAAGUGAUCGAUAUCUAUAACCCAAAGGCUCUGAUGGACCUUAAAGGGAAAUCUCUUUCAAACUCUGAAACACGCAUUAGAGAACUGUAUAGUGCAUCUCGGUCGUCGAGUAAUAAGAAUUUCUACAAAACAGUGAAAUUGGAAGCGUUCUGUGCAAUUAAAGAGAGAGUCGGAGACAUUGAUGAUGGUGGAAAAUAUGUUUGUCAUCCCAGAAUGGUUAAGAAGACUAAUUGCACACUUAUCUCUCUGGGUCUGAACAACCAAGUGACUUUUGAUCAGCACAUCUGGGACGUCACAGGAAGACACUGUAAAAUGUUGGCCGCUGAUAAGGAUCCUCAACACUCGGAAACCCAAGGAUAUUAUGAAAAAAUGAAUGGAGAGAUAUUCGUUGGAAUGAUCCCCAACGAAUUGACGAUUUCUAGUAUGAUGGAAAAAAGUGGUCGUAGAGAUGUGGACAUUUUGAAAAUGGACAUUGAAAAAGGAGAAUUUGGAGCAUUGGAGCCGUUUAUCAAGGAGUAUAGCGUUUGUCAGAUUCUCAUUGAAAUCCAUGGAACUCCUUCUGAGCACCUCAAAAUGUUGAAAAUCAUGGCAAGAUACAAUUUCCGAAUUUUCAAUGUGGACCCAAAUCCCUAUUGUAUCGAAUGCUCCGAGUACAGUUUGAUCCAUGACAGCUGUAUGGAUCAGUACGGUGUCGUCCCAUUGACACCGAUAAUUCCAAGAAGUGAAUAUUAG